AUGAAUCUUGAAACUUGCACUCCCAAGUGGUCUCUACCCCCGACGUACGGCGAUCGCAUGCGAGUUGUUCGAGGACGACUCCGUGACAUGCUCAUGGAAGGAAUCGAGGAGCGAAUCCUAUGGGGCAAGAAGCUAUCGUCGUUUGAAGUUGAGAAGAAUGGUGUUGAGGUACAAUUCAAUGACGGAAGUUGUUAUAGUGGAGAUCUUCUCGUGGGAGUCGACGGCUGUCAUUCGACCGUGCGCUCACUUCAGUACGGGGCGCCGCUUUCUCAGCCUACGCCUAUCCCGGCGUGCUUUCUUGGUACCGAGGCACUGGCCAAUGAGUCCCAGAUGAAACCGCUCCUUGCGCUGGAUAAAACCCUCUUUCAAGGAUGUCAUCCGUCAAGCCCUGCAUGGAUGUGGUUCUCCGUCAUGGAACGCCCGAACCCUAAUGAUUCCGCUGUGGUGGACCCUGUAUGGCGUGUUCAAAUAUGUCUCUCGUGGCUUUCCCCUACCGGACACGCGGAUAUUCCUAGAACAGAUGGCGGGCGCAUUGACUUGAUGAGGCAAAAAUCGACGGAUUUUCAUCCUACGUUCAAGAAAAUCUUCCAUGAGAUUCUGUCUGAUAGUCACGGACCAGUUAUUAACGUUCCGUUGGAGUUUUGGUGGCUGCCACAUGCAGAGUCGCUCGGCAAAUCCAAGGGGCGAGUCACGUUGGCAGGCGAUGCAGCGCAUACCAUGCCUCUAUAUCGCGGAGAGGGUUUCAACCACGCCCUGAUGGAUGUUAACAAUCUCCUUCGUGCAAUCGAUGCUAUCCUUUCGAAUGAGGCAGAUAGAGAGCGCAUCCUUCACGAGUAUGAGGAAGAGAUCAAUCUGAUGCUACAAUCUGUGGCGUUAUUCACCGAAUCAUCUGCUCCACGCCGAUUUCGUCAAGCAAUUUGUGGAAGCAUGAACUGCAUCAACGUAUCAUGCGCUCUCCUCUUCGGUCUUUAUGUUGGAUUACCAAAUUGGAGCACACUAGGAAACAAAGGGCGCAUUCUCAUGGCGGUUGAGUUUGUGUCAGCCGUGCUAGCAUGUGUGUCUGGCUUGCUGCUGCCACGCCGCCCGGACGUCUUCUGGAAAGGAAUUUUGGUCGAUAGACGAUUCACGGCCUCCGCGUUUAACAUCUUCUUCUUUUCUUGGUCUCUAUCAGCGUUACGCAGCUUUUCGACAGAACAGUCGCCAAAGAUAUACAACCUUCCUCAGCUCAAUCACACGAUACGCGCGCUACCUCUUUUGCAGCGCUUCCAGGACUACAGAUCGCUUCGAAACGACAGUCGCUCACUCUGGAAAGAUCUGUUUUCCAUCAAUGGGCGACAACUGGUUGUACAACUGAGCAUGACAAUUUUUGGAUCUAUCAUCAGCUUUACGCCUCAGAUAAUGCUUCUUGGCAUUCUUAGGGCCAUGGAGCGAGAUUCUGGCGGGGAAAGCAAACUUUUCACCACAGCUCCAUGGGUUCUUGGUCUGGGUAUGAGCAUCAUAUGUACCGCUUUGAUGGACACAGGAACUAUUUGGGUCUCAAGUGUAAACUUGGGAGUCAAAAUGCAGAAGCAACUCACCAUGCUUCUCUUCGAUAAGAUGCUCCGUGGUAUCUCCACGGAAUUAGGAGAAUACGACGGUGAAGACGGUUCCGGAAUAGCAGAUCUGACAGGUGUGAACGUCAUCAGUCUUGUCACUCUGGACACGCAGCAGAUUGGAAACUGCAUUCGAGACGUCUAUCGAGGUUAUGAGGCUGUCAUCAAGUUGAUCAUCUCUGGAUGGUUCAUUCAGCAGCUCAUGGGCUGGGAAAGUUUGCUAGCUAGCAUCGCCGUGGUUGUGUUGCUCUUCUUCGGCAACGUACUUGUUGCAAAGCAACAUGCGCGUGAUCAGAUCGGACUUAUGGAGGAAAAAGAUCUUCGAGUGGCUGCCCUCACGGACGCUCUCGGAGGAGUUCGUCAAAUCAAACUGUCUGGAACCGAGCAAAAUUGGUUGACAUAUAUUUCACAGUUGCGAGAGAAAGAGUUGGCAAGUCUAUGGGCAGUAAACCGAUGGAACAUGGCUUCGAGCGCAAUCUGCACCAUGACCCCAAUCAUGCUUUCUGUGCUUGUCAUUUCGAUACAUGUAUACGUUACUGGACAGCUGAAGGCAUCAACAGCUUUUACAAGUCUGUCUAUCUUGGGCUCCAUCAACAGCACGCUAGGAGCUAUUCCGCAACUACAAACCGGUUGGAUACGCGCCUUGAACAGUUUGAGGCGUCUCGAAGACUACCUCUAUGCACCUGACAAAUGCUUCCCCUCGACUGAUCACGACGAAAUUAGUUUCCAGAAUGCGACUCUUUGCUGGAAUGGAUCAAGCCCGGAUGUGUUUUCCCUCAGAGAUGUGACCUUGUCUUUUCCCCCGGGCGAUAUAAGUGUCAUAGAAGGGCCCAGUGGAUCUGGAAAGAGCUUGUUGUUGGCCGCAGUUCUUAGCGAGUGCGAAUUGGUCGCUGGUAGCGUCACGAAACCCUCUGUCGCCACCCAUGCGCCAACAAUCGCAGGUCGCUCUUGGUCUUUGAAUUCGUCUAUCGCGUACGUCGGACAGGCUCCUUGGAUUGAAGCUGGUACAAUCAUGGAUAACAUCACUUUUGGCUUCCCUAUGCAAGCAAGGCGUUUUAGUACGGUACUUCAUGCUUGUGCUCUCGAAACAGAUCUAGCAGCUUUGAAGGAUGGCGACCAGACCGAGAUUGGACCGCAUGGAGUGAACCUGAGCGGUGGACAACGCUUACGCAUCACACUUGCGCGCGCCCUCUAUUCCCCCGCGUCUAUUCUAGUUCUGGAUGAUAUCUUCAGUGCUAUUGACGCUCACACAGCGCUUCAUGUAGCGCAGAACGUUCUAGGCGGCUCCCUCAUCCAAGGUCGUACUGUUAUCUUGGCCUCACAUCAUCCUUCUCUCUACAUGCCCUACGCAGACUAUAUCGUAUCGCUAUUCGGUGGAGGCCAGUACGAAUGCAGAUUCACAGAACGUUGUGGCCUCACCAAGCCACAGGAAACUGUUUACACGACAAACGAGAUGGUACCGAGACGUCGUCGUGCAUCAACUAAGACGGCUACAUCAAGACAUGCUCGCAAACCUUCUGUUCUUUCGGUGGCUUCCAUUGAGCCAUUCCCAAUUACUGAGUGUACCGAUGCCGCGGAAGUCUACCGAUAUGUCGAAGAAGAGCAAGAACAAACCUCUGGAUCACAACACAAGACCUUGAUACAGUACUUGCAGUCCAUAGAACAUGCUUGGUAUCUCCCUCUGGCCUUACUAGCUUAUGCGAGCUACGUGGGUAUGCUCGUAGGACAGUCAUGGUGGAUCGCCCGUUGGGUACAACAGGACGAACGAACGACCCACAACUCACCCGAUCCAGGUCGUGAGAACGAAACCAGCCUUGUUUGGUACCUGAGUGUAUAUGUCACACUCGCAAUAACUUCGUGUGUCUUCGGUAUAGGCCAGAACUAUUUAACGUACUGUUGUGCGUUGAAUGCAUCAAAACGUCUAUUCGACAUGCUUUUGAAUGCCGUCCUGCGUGCGCCAAUGGACUUUACCGAACGGAAUCCACUGGGCCGGAUAAUGAAUCGUUUCACAAGCGAUACAGCCAUCCUCGAUGAACAGAUUGGUCAAAUCAUCGGCGGCGCCUUGACAAGCGCCUUGAUGUUGCUUUCUAUUUUUGGAGUGAGCAUUACCGUCAGUAGAUGGAUACUACCCAUGUCAAUUCCGAUGCUUCUGUUGUGCGCAUACAGUGCUAACCAGUUCCUUCGAGUGGCUCGCAAAUUAAAGCAUCUUGACAACAUAAGCCGAAGUCCAGUCCUGGAGGGCUUUUGCUCUACGAUGGAUGGAUUGCCCACUAUUCGGUCUAUGCUGCUGCAAGAAAGAUACACGACCAAGUUUGCAACCCUGGUAGACGACAACACACGAGCGCUUUUGAACCUUUGGCUUAUCAACUCAUGGUUUGGAUGUCGCAUGGCGUUGAUUGGGUCAGCCUUCGUCACCAUGGCUAGCCUGGUCAUCGUCUCAAUGCCCGGUACCACAGUCGCCAUGACAGGCUUCGCACUAGGAUUCUUGAUCCGCUACACAGACAACAUCUGUACAUUUGUUCGAAACUUUGGCGGUCUUGAGCUUGCACUCACUAGCACCAGUCGCGUCAUCGAGUAUACGAAGAUUCCUAGCGAGAACUAUAGUGGCGGGCGCGUGCCACCUGCGGCCUGGCCAGAAGAGGGUCGUGUUCACAUUUCCAAUCUGGUCAUUCGGCACGCACCCCAUCUGCCUCCUGCACUAAAUCGGAUCAGUUUUGAAAUCGGACCUAAUGAACGGGUGGGGGUUGUCGGUCGCACGGGUGCAGGGAAAUCAACCCUCGCCAUGGCCUUCUUUCGUAUACUUGAGGCAGAACAGGGCUCCAUCACUCUUGACGGCAUCGACAUAGCGGAUGUGGCUCUACAGCAGCUUCGCCAGCGUCUUUCGAUAAUCACGCAGGACCCGCACCUCUUCCCCGGUACUGUACGCUCAAACCUUGAUCCUUUUGAUACUCAUGACGAUACGGAUCUUCUUCACGCUUUGGGCCGAGUUCACUGGCCCGGCUCAGAUGAUUGGUUCAGCGAACAAGCCGAUAUGGUGUCCGGUUCGGGACUAUUCUCAGAUGCUGAUUCCAUCGUCCCUAGCCUCCACCAUGCAACGUUGAUCCAAGGUCCCUCACUACUCUACCAACCCAUUCUCGAUGGGGGAGAGAACCUCUCUCAAGGUCAACGUCAACAGCUUAGUCUUGCGCGCGCUAUUGUAGAUCGCUCGAAGCUUCUCAUUCUCGACGAAGCAACGUCUUCCAUGGAUCCCGACACAGAUGCGUCGAUCCAAAAAUCCAUACGUGAACUCUCCACUUGUGGAUUUGCAUCUAUGCUUGUCAUCGCGCAUCGCAUAAGCACAGUCAUGGACUUUGAUAAGAUCAUCGUUUUAGACAAAGGAGUUGUCGUGGAGUCGGGUAGUCCUGAAGAUUUGCUAAGGCUUCCUGGAGGAUAUUUUAGAGGCCUAGUGGAAAAUUCUAAAGGGACGGAUGAAUAG